GAAAAUCAUCAGCACACUUUAAGAACUUCAAGUGAACAGAACUAAAAAUAUAAAUAUGGAUGCCGAAGCCGAUGGUAUACCGCCAGCUGUAACAUCAACAGCAACGGCAACUAACAGCACCGAUCUGGACUUGGCGGCACGUCGUCGUCUCUUCAUAUCACAGCCAUCAACAUUGGCAACGCGACGCCAACAGGCGGUCUGUGUAAGGCGUGCCCAUAAAAUGUAUGGCAGUGGCAAGAAUCCAAAUAUUGUACUCGAUGGCCUGAAUAUGACGGUGCCCAAGGGUUCCAUUUAUGGCCUACUGGGCGCCUCUGGAUGCGGCAAAACAACUCUGCUCAGCUGCAUUGUUGGACGACGUCGUCUCAAUUCGGGUGAGAUUUGGGUACUUGGCGGACGACCGGGCUCGCGUGGUUCCGGUGUGCCAGGACCGCGAAUUGGCUAUAUGCCACAGGAGAUUGCCCUUUAUGGAGAAUUCACAAUGCGCGAAACUUUAAUCUAUUUCGGUAUCAUUUCGGCCAUUGCCCGUAGCGACAUUGAGGAUCGCACCGAAUUCCUACUGAAAUUGCUCAAUUUGCCAAAUGGUUCGAAAUUUGUCAAGAAUUUGAGUGGCGGUCAACAGCGACGAAUGAGCUUGGCUGUAGCCUUGCUGCAUGAGCCAGAACUCCUCAUAUUGGAUGAGCCCACAGUGGGUGUGGAUCCAGUGCUGCGUCAAAGCAUUUGGGAUCAUUUGGUGGACAUUACAAGAAAUGGUCACACGACUGUAAUAAUCACCACACAUUACAUAGACGAAUGUGCACAGGCUCAUAUGAUUGGACUGCUACGUGGUGGCAAAAUGUUGGCUGAAGAGUCACCCGAAUAUCUAAGACAACAAUAUAAUGCCGAUUCGUUGGAGGAUGUUUUUCUCAAACUUUCUGUUAUGCAAAACAUGGGUAAACGACGACGUUCAUCAAUUGCCCAGGAAAUUGUUGAACAAGUAACAGUGCCAGCCAAUUCUAAUCCCGCUUUGGAUAUGUCCGAUGAGCAGCAUGCGGCCGAAAUAUCUGGUGAAUUUGGGGAUAAUAUUUCAAUGUCAUCGGCUGCCCGAGACCCGAUCAGUAACACAGCUCUGGCGGCACCACCAUUGCCACCAGCCCAGGAGAUACCCACAUCGUUUUGGUACAAUUUACAUGUGAUGCAAUCGCAUCAUUUACAUGCACUUAUCUGGAAGAACUUUCUGUGGAUGAUGCGCAAUGUGGGUAUAAUGCUUUUCAUUGUGGGACUGCCUGUGGUGCAAAUAUUGCUAUUCUGUUAUGCCAUUGGCCAUAAUCCGACUGGCAUCAAAUUGGCUGUGGCAAAUCACGAGAUGUCCGAGGAAAUGAUUAUGCAACAGUUCUGUCCAGUGCACACCGGAUGCAAUCAGACGAUGUUGAGCUGCCGUUAUCUCGAUAUGCUGGUCAAGAACAACAGCAUGGUUGUGAAUUAUGUGAAUGACGACGAGGCAGCCUAUGAGCAGGUGCGACGUGGCAAUGCCUGGGCCGCUUUGGUUAUACAACCUAAUUAUACCACAACAUUGUUGGAGCGAGUGGAAGCCGGACGAUAUGCCGAAAACGAGACUUUAGAGGCAUCCGAUCUGAAUGUUCGCAUGGAUGGGUCGAAUCAACAAAUCGCACAGAUGCUUUACGCUGACUUGCAGCUCACUUUCUUCAGCUUCGUGGAGAAUAUGUUAAGUGAAUGCGAUGUGAAUCCCAAGCUAGGACGUGUUCCUGUAGAUUUCAAUGAACCGAUUUAUGGCUAUCGCAAUCCCAACUUUACCGAUUUUGCUGCUCCCGGUGUUAUAUUGACCAUUAUAUUCUUCCUUUCGGUUGCCAUUACCUCGGGUGCCAUGUUGAUUGAAAGGAAUGAGGGCAUGCUAGAGCGUUGCCUUGUGGCAGGCAUCACAGGACCUGAAAUCUUGCUCUCCCAGGUGGUCACCCAGUUCACUGUGAUGUUGAGCCAAACCGUAUUCGUGCUCAUUGUUAGUUUCUAUUUCUUCGAGUUGACUCUUGUGGGAGACAUUUGGCUGGUGGUUGCCCUUUGCAUAUUGAAUGGCUUGUGCGGCAUGACCUUUGGCUUUGUCAUCUCUUGCGCUGUGGACACCGAGAGAACAGCCACCUACGUAGCUAUGGGCUCAUUCUUACCCAUUGUGAUGCUGUGUGGCAUUAUUUGGCCCAUUGAGGGCAUGUUCCCGUUGCUGCAAUUUGUGACUGCCUUCCUGCCUCUAACCAAGCCAACGGAAUCAUUGCGAUCCAUUCUACAGAGGGGUUGGGGCAUUGAUAAUCCCGCUGUCUAUAAUGGAUUUAUAUCGAUUUCAUCAUGGGUUCUAGUCUUCCUGGUGCUAACCAUAUUGCUGAUCAAGUUCAAGAAGGGCUAAAUGGUGUUCCAUCUGAAGAUACUGCUGAUGAUUUUACUAGGUUCUUAGGGUAGUGCAUAGAUUGUACAACUAGAAUAUCGAUGAGUAUGUCUCUUUCUCCCCAUUUUGUUAGUCCUUAGUAUAGGUCUUGGAUAUAAUAUAUGUAUUUUUCAUAUGCAUGGAAUUGUUGUGCCUUUAUCAUAAGUUACGUAUAAUCUAAUUUCCCUCCACACAUUAUAUUCACGUGACUCAUAUAGAUUUUAUAAACAAUCAAUCGAUCAUAAAUGGAGAACAGAUAUCGUAUCUCUAUCUCACAAACAUUUAUUCUUACGAAAUCGAAUGUAAAUUAAGUUAACGAAAAAUAAAACUUUGAAUAUAAAAA